ACGAGAAGGAUGCGAAUUUUCCUUUAUACAUGCAACGAAGACGAGUUGAAAAGGACCAAGAGGAACGUCAAGCUGUAGACCAUGAACGACGAUUAUGUCAUGGAUAUUUUCCAGAACAGGACGGCCAACCAGACCACCGACUCGGGGUGCAACGACACGUGCAUACUCUACGAUUAUUUUGAAGAGUACGACGAAGGGGAGAUACUUUUCGAGUUUAUAACUAACGGGAUACUGCUGAAUGUGGUCGGACUCUUUGGCAUCAUGGGGAAUGUUAUAUCCAUGAUCAUUCUAUCCAGGCCACAAAUGAGGUCAUCGAUAAAUUACCUCUUAACGUGGCUCGCGAGAUGCGAUACUGUAUUAAUUGUUACUUCCAUGUCUAUUUUCGGAUUGCCGGCGAUUUAUAAAUUUACGAAUACGACACUACUCGCGGGUUAUUAUUACAGGGUCUAUCCUUUUCUGUCGUACGUCAUGUACCCUUUGGCCCUGAUAGCUCAAACCCUCUCCGUCUAUCUCACGCUGACAGUUACUCUAGAGAGAUUCGUCGCCGUCUGCCAUCCGCUACGGGCCAGGUCGCUCUGCACCUACGGACGAGCGAGGAUGUACGUCAUACUCAUAAUUAUAUUCUCGACUGCGUACAACGUGACCAGGUUCUUCGAGGUGAAUCUCAUCGAGGAAUACCACUUUGCGUACAACAUGACUAUCUACAGACCGGUACCGAGCGCUUUGAGAAAUAACGAAGCGUACAUUUACGUGUACAUCCACUGGUUCUACCUACUCUUCAUUUACGUCUUCCCUUUCAUCUGUCUUGCCUUGCUAAACAGCGCCAUCUACAGACAGGUGCGAAAAGCGAAUAAAGAACGUCAACAGUUGUCGAGGCAUCAGAAGAAGGAAAUCGGCCUUGCCACAAUGUUGCUGUGCGUCGUGAUCGUGUUUGUGCUGUGCAACAUCCUCGCCCUCGCCACGAACGUCCUCGAGGCGUUCUACGGGAUUAUUUUAGACCGUAUGGUCAAGUUGAGCAAUCUGCUCGUCACGAUAAACUCUUCCGUCAAUUUCAUAAUAUACGUUAUAUUCGGUGAAAAGUUCAAGAAGCUUUUUUUAAAACUUUUCUGCCAUCACAGCCCCAAAAUAUGCUACGGAGGUAGAGAAUCGCCCGACGGGCUCACGGGGCCAGAGGACAGCAUAAUGGCCAGCAACGGAGACCUCAACUUGAGGCAUUCCCUAAGGAAAACGAAUGGGAGUAUUAAUAAAGUCCCAAGGGCUUUACCUUGCGUCUAUUACCCGGGAAGAUCUAAUUCCAAAAUAAACGGUGACCACACCGAUUCCACUUCUAUAGCACUGAAUCAAAUCUAAAACACAAAUCCCAAGGACAGUAUAAUCCAAAAAUACCAUUCAUUUUUAUUAAUAUGUACAAAAAAAUUCAAAUAACUAAACUCGAGAGAAGUGAGGCUGAACUGAAUAUAAGUAAUUAAUUAAAAUUCCGCAAAUUAUAUAUUAUUUAAA